AACCUAAAACUAGUCGGUUAACUGAGAUAGUGUGACAAGUACUUGAGCUCUUAACUCAAACUUGCUCCAUAUAAAUAUUUUUUUAAAUAAAACAUCCUUAAGGAAGCUCUUGAUCUCAAAAAAUGGCUUUUGCUGGAAAGAAUGCUGUAAUAACAGGUGGAGCUGGAGGUAUUGGCCUUCAAGUUUGUGUGGAACUAUUGAAAAAUAAUAUUGCGAACGUGGCUUUAAUUGAUGUCCAAGAGAACCUUGAAAAAAUUGCCAAACUUCGAGCUGCUCAUCCUUCGCAAACAAUACUUUUGAUCAAAAUGGAUGUAGCCAAUAAGAAAGGAAUCGAUGCAGCUUUUGAAGAAAUUAUCAAAAACCUUGGAAGCAUUCACUUGCUGGUUAAUGUGGCUGGAAUAUUCAAUGAUCUUGAUGUAGAAAGGACAUUGCAGGUUAAUUUGGGUGGCAUUAUUAACUCAACUUUAGCAGGUAUGAAGCAUAUGAGUAAAGAAAAUGGCGGUCAAGGAGGGCUUGUAGCUAAUAUGUCUUCAGUAGUUGGACUUGAUCCUAUGUUUCUGUUGCCAGUUUAUUCCUCAACAAAACAUGCCAUUAUUGGAUUCACUCGGUGUUUAGGGAAUGACUACUACCUUCAAAAGACUGGCAUCAAAUUCAUAACACUUUGUCCUGGUGCAACUAUAACAGACAUGUUCACAAAUUUCACAGAGAAAAUUUUAUUUAGUGAUAUGGCUGAUGAGUCUUAUAACAUUCUCGAUAGAUUAAAUAAGCAAAGUGCUGCUGAUGUUUCCCGCUGUAUUAUUCAAGCUAUGCAAAAAGAGGAAAAUGGUAAAGUUUAUAUAAUUGAAGGUAAAAAGCUAUUUCCUGUAGAGAUGACACGUUAUUGGAGUGGUAUUGAGGAUCAGCUGUAGAUGAUGGAUUGGAAAAUUUCGUGUAAAUGUUUUUUUUUUUUUUGCUUCUAUGAUUGCAGUGUAUCUAGAAUUUAAAACUUAUAGA